UAGUACUACAACUGACCAUCGUCCGAGCAAUAGAGUUUUUGCCGCUUUCAAGUCGUACGUUGAUCCAUCAAAUCGGUUGUUUUACCCAUUUGCCGGUAGAUGUAAACUUUUGUUAUAACGAUAAUGAAAUUUAUCGCUGCAACAACUCAAUGAACACUAACAAACAAUUUACCGAGGGCGAAAAUUUUAUUAUCGAAAACCCAACGCUAAAUCUCAACUUUAAAUUCACUUGCAUAAUUAGAAAUAAAUUAUAAUAUCGACAAUGAGGUGAAUGUAAUGAGUUUAAAUGUUUUAAUAAUGAAUAGAGUGCGUUAAACAAUUAUAAAUCAAAAACAGAACGUCUUCCACAGGAAUCAUAUUCAAAAUUUCAACGUUUUUUUUACUUCAACGAGAUCUUGAGUUCAGAACACAGAUUUUAAAAAUGGAUAAAAAGUUCUCCGAAAAAGGUAAAAAUUACAAUGCACAUUGUAAUCGCGUAGUGGAACUACCUUAAAAUCUACGAAAAUCGUUUAUAGAUGUGCGUAGAUAAAUUACUUUGGAAUGUUACAUAAAAAAAAUAUUCGAAUCCUGCGCGAAUCAAAAUCACUACAAAAUCAUAUCUCAAGAAAGAGUUAAUACUCGAAUUUUCUGAUGCACUGCUCGAUAGAGUAAUUAUUGAAUUUUAAGAUUGGUGGAGAAAUAACCCGGAAAUGCAGUAACUUUUCGCAGAAAACAAAUGAAAUUCAUAAUUCUCAUUUCCUUUCUUAAUGUCUUCAUAAAUUACGGAUAAAAUAACCACAGAAUCACCUGCCUUACACGACCACUUAUAUUUUAUUGUAAUUUCUGUCAUAUUUCUCUCUUCGCAUACUAUUCGUUGAAAUCUGGGCAUAACGGCGCACUGAGAAAAAUAUAAAAUGAAGAUAACACGGAACACGAAACAUAAAAACAAUCAUAAAAUGCCCUCGACGCCCAUUGCUGGCGUUUCCACACACAGAGAGAUAUUUCAAUGAUAACUACAAGAGAAUAGUCAAAAAUAAAUGUUGCGGUAACAGUAAACAGUGGAAAUUCAACUAUUAAAUUUUUAAGUGAAAAUUACGUCACAACGUUGACGACGCUAUAUGCUGGGAAUAAAAAUGAUUUCCAUCAAGACUAUGCGAUUUCUCAGAUCUGGUUGUGAAUAUUACACGAUGAAAAGUGUCCCAUAAAAACGCGAAACUUAACUCUGUUCACCGAUUACGCAAGUCAAUGGGAAAGUCAAAGUACACAGAGAGAAAUUUCCCCCGUCUAACGUAUUUUGUUACCGAUCUGUUUCCCCUUAGACUAAACCUAAAUCAUACCUGAACGACCCAAUUACACCUGAGAACGUAAAUGAAUAUGCCAAUCGAAAUAUUCAAUAGAAAUUACGUACAUUGAGAAAAAAAUAUAUAAUUGGGCUAAUUAAAUAUUCUUCUAACAAGAAUUUAGCGAAUUAUCGACCGGAAAUUUCCGCCAUUUGUUCGUUCAAAACCAUAAUGAACCUUCGGUAAUAUCAUGUCAAUCGUCACUGAAAAAUUACGAUACCGUCAGGUCAAAUUUUCCAGUAGAUUCCGUAGUCAGUGAGUGACCUACGAGUUCGGUAAUUUCUACUGAAUAUUUUCCUUGCAGUUAAAUUGACCGUUGGAAUGAUCCGCAGUGCAGUCCGGUAAUCAUCAGUGUGUCUCUUCCUUAUGUGAGUCGUCUGUUCACCUAUCGCUGCAUUACAAGAUGAUGGUGAAAUGAAAGUGGUACUGCAAACGAAAGUAUGCAGAAAUGAAAGUUGCAUUCGUGUUGCGCUACUCAGAAUGAUACAACUCGCAGAAUUGUUUCACUUCCGCCGAGUGCGGUCAAAAGAAAAAUUCUCCAUCCGAUUGUCUACAUAGUGGACCAGUUUAUCGGUGUUAAUCCUAGAAUCAUUAGUGGAUAAUGAUUGAGUUAUAAAUGUUAAGGAACAUCAUCGAAUAAUUUUCAUACUUCUGGUUACGGUGUCCCAAUAUCGAUAAUUAUGUGCGGAUUACUGACCCAAUAUUCGUGACGAAUGCGAAUCGUGUGAUUCGUAGUAAUGUUAAUCGUAGAAAUGUCAUCACCUAAAUAUCGUAAGUAAAACAGUACCUAUGCUUGGAACUCAGUCAAGUCCUCGUAACCGAGGCAGGUGGUCUUCAGUGUAUUUUCCAACGAGGGACAAACUGUCCGUCGAAUAAAAUAUUCAUCGCCAUCGGCGUUUGUUCAUGUUCACACAGCAAUUGCCUGCCCCCCAUCGCGAGUAUAACGUUCACGCACUUCCUAAAAAUCCAUAAAAAUUUAUGAAGUUCAUCAUCAAUAUUAGAUAAUUAUGGUGAAAGCUUGACGAAUCCAUGGCAGUUGUUGGUGGCGCGUUGGAGAUUCAGUUUUUGUGAGAGUGCAGUUGAAAAUUUUGAAAAUGUGCGCCGAAGCACUAUCCGUUGUGAAUUUCUACGAUGAGAAGUCAAUACUCAUUACGGGAGCUACAGGUGGAAUAGGGAAGCUUCUCAUUGAAAAGCUGCUGAGAUCCUGCCCCAAUAUUGGGAAUAUUUAUGUGCUCCUUCGGCCGAAACGCGGGGAAACUGCGACUGAACGAGUUUCACAUUUGUUAAACAUACCGAUCUUUCACAAAUUACGUGGUGCGGAUCCGGGAAUACUGUCAAAAGUCGUCAUGAUCGAGGGUGACUUGUGUCAACCUGACCUUGGAAUUUCCGAAACAAACAGAGAAGAACUUAUGAAAAAUGUUUCGGUGGUAUUCCACUGUGCGGCAAUUUUGCAAUUUGAUUUGAGUUUAGAGGACGCCCUUUCCAUCAAUGUUUUUGGCACUCGACGACUUCUCCUGUUCUGUCAUAGGAUGAAUAAAAUCGAAGCAUUUAUUCACGUAUCGACGUUAUACUCCACGUGCAAUAAGCCCAAGAUUGAGGAAUGCAUUCCAUCAAUCCCAGCUUUGGAUGGAAGGCUUGAUUUCAGUAGAAAUAUCAGAGAUUUUGUCGCAACUCUACCCGAUGAUGUGGUGAACGACUGGCCCAAUACUUACGCAUUCUCGAAGGCACUAGCAGAAUUAAUGCUGAAUACUCACCGAGGAAUGCUGCCAAUGAGCAUUGUAAGACCUUCCAUCGUUCUGUCGACCCUCAGAGAACCAAUGCCAGGGUGGAUCGAUAAUUUUUACGGCCCUACUUUAUCCAUUUCCAAUGGAGCACUAGGUAUACUCAGAACGGUCAUUUGCGACGGUGAGAAGGUGGGAGACAUCAUACCGUCAGACUUUGUCGUGAAUUUGCUGAUAACCGUUGGCUGCAAAACCAAGUAUCAAGGAACAAGUGAAAUAAAAAUUUAUAAUUGUUGCACAGGAAGGCAAAAUCCAAUGAAAAUGAAACAGCUACUCGACGACUGUCAAAAAUAUGCCCGAAUGUAUCCACUAAUGGCAGCAGUAAGAUACCCGAAUUUAACUCACAGAUCGUCCUACUUCGUUCACUGGAUGGUCUCCAAAGUCCAGCACAGAAUGUUAUCAUAUAUUCUCGAUUUCGUUGCCCUCUUCACAUCCAAGAGAGGCCGAAUGAUCCGAAUUCACAACACACUUGCUCGUAUCCUGGGCAGUCUGGAUUAUUUUACACUGCGUCAGUGGGCGGUUGACGAUUACAACGUGGAAAAACUCAGCAAUGAGAUGAGUGAUAAGGAGAAAGAUAUCUUUUAUUUCGAUCCCAAGGUCGUCGACUGGAAGUUGUACGCCAAGAUCUAUGCGCUGGGCAUCAGGAGACAUCUGUUCAAGGAGAAAAUGGAUGACAUCGAGGAGGCUAAAGCACGAAUGGCCAAUUUGUACUGGAUGGAAAAAUCACUUCAAAUUUUCAUGUCAGUCUCGUCGAUCAUUACGAUUUACUACUGGAUCCAAUCCCGCCGGAACAGAAUCAAAUCAUAACAGGACCAAAUCUCAAUUUGAAUAUACCUUGGAAUUAGCUCUUGAUAAACUCCAUCAAUUCAAUCAGGUGAUUCCUGGAGAGGCCAAUGACAUUUCUUCCUGAAAGGGCUCGUCAUUUAUCCCCGCAGUUCCGGUGUUUCUUUGGUUCCGAACGGAAGCUCUGUAAUCGUUCGAUUUUUGGAUUUUCUUAUUUUGCUUGGAGGGAUGUCACAUAAUCUGAAACGAAAAAAUAUAAAAUUUCAAAACCAGGUCAUGAGCACAUGGUCAAUCUCACUCGCCGGCUGGUCAACAUUUAGCAAAUUGAAGGAGUAAAGGACUAAAGUUAUUCUGAAAAACCUGAAAUUCCGUCAGAUUAUAGAUAUUACCAAGGACUAAGUUUGUGCCAAAAUUCAACUCAAUCGGUCUUGCCGUUUUUUUUAGAAAUUGACAUCUGUUUCUGAAUCGUUUAUCGCCGAUAUCUCGAAAACGAUCCAACCGAUUGCAAUUUUUCACCUCUCAAACAUACACA